AUGAAAUCUUCUCGAAGAACCCGAUUGUACUCUUCCUCUUCAUCCUACUCCGCCGACACCACCACCACCACCACCACCACCGUCACUUACGCCUUCGAAGAUAACAAUUUUAACGCUAAUCCCCAAACUACUUCCACCGAAAUCCCUAUCACUUUUCACCUCUCCGAUCGUCAAUCCACCGCUGCUAUUAAGAUUCAAUCAGCUUACAGAUCUCAUGCAAUCCGCAACUUAAUCAACAAGGAUACAGUUGAUGCGGUGCGAAACAACAACCGGGAACGAAUCAAGAUCAAUGAGGCGCUGAUGAAGUUAUUAUUUACGCUUGAUUCGGUUCCUGGGAUUGACCCGACAGUGAGAGAAUUCAGGAGAAGAGUUAGUCGACGGAUCGUUGGGUUGCAGGAGAUCUUAGACUCUAUAUGUGAAGCAAGAGAGGCGAAUUGGGAUGGAUCAUCUAGGGUUUCAGUGCUUACAGAGAUUUCUUCGUCAAUGAGGCACAGAUUAACUUCCCCUGUUGUCAUCCUGCUAUAG